GCGGGCUUCUCCUCCGUCCCGUUCUGUUCCGUCUUCCCCUUCUCGCUUCCCCGCCCGGCGUGCGCCGGCCCAGUGGGGAGCCAGCAGGGGAAAGUUUAGAAGAAAGUUGCCGGCUGAAGAAAGUUUAAAGGCGGGAGAGCCGGGGCCCCCGGCAGCCCGGCCUCCCUCCGCCGGGCCCCGCUGCGCUCCGCGGGAGGGCCGAGGAUGGCCGGCGGGGAAGGAGCGGGCUCCGGCGUUCCGGAGUGCCGGGAGCAUCUCUUUAAGGUGCUGGUGAUCGGAGAGCUGGGCGUGGGUAAAACCAGCAUUAUCAAGCGCUACGUGCACCAGCUUUUCUCCCAGCACUACCGGGCAACCAUCGGGGUGGAUUUCGCGCUUAAAGUCAUCAACUGGGACAGCAGGACCCUGGUCCGGCUGCAGCUCUGGGACAUAGCAGGCCAGGAGCGCUUUGGAAAUAUGACCAGAGUAUAUUACAAAGAGGCAGUUGGUGCUUUUGUGGUCUUUGAUGUCACAAGAGGCUCCACUUUUGAGGCUGUUUCAAAAUGGAAGCAUGAUUUGGACAGUAAAGUACUACUUCCCAAUGGCAGCCCCAUCCCUGCUGUUCUUCUUGCAAACAAGUGUGACCAGAAGAAAGAUGGCAACCAGAAUCCCUCUCAAAUGGACCAGUUUUGCAGAGAAAGUGGCUUUGUUGGGUGGUUUGAAACAUCUGCCAAGGACAACAUCAACAUAGACGAAGCUGCUCGAUUCUUGGUGGAAAACAUCCUUGCCAACUACAAAGCCUUUCCUAAUGAAGAGAAUGAUGUGGGGAAACCAAAACUGGACCUAGACCCAUUGAAAGCAGAGAGUAAAUCACAGUGCUGCUAAUGCUACCAAUGUUCAGUAAAUGUGAUGGGAUGAGCAGCAAGACUGUUCCUUAAACUGCUGCUAUGGUGCUGCGUUGUGACAAUCCAUAUGGGGUACUAUCUGGUAUUAUCUGAAUAAGUGAUUCUUGUGGGUGUUUACAUAUUCUUGUUUAACAUGAAACUGAGUAUCUUAUGGCUUAUCACUCCACUUGUUUGAGUGGCUGCAUCUAUGUCUGAUUAGUGUCUUCUUACUUGAGAACAUAAGGUAGUGUUUACACUCCUAAACAGGAACAAAGACAACAUUCAGCGUCUAGCUUGCUUCUAGGACAUAUGCUACAUUCCAAAUAGGACUCACUUAUCAUGGUUUUAGCUAAAUAGACACUUUCACCUUUAAAGUCAACUUUUCUCACCAGUAAUGUCCUACCCUUUUGCCUACACACUUGUCCCUAUAAUGACCUGCCCACCAUGAGGAUCUGUCUCGAUCCAGAAAUCUUGAAGGGGCCAAUGACAGAUGGGCCUGUCUUUGUGUUUACUGGGUCUAAGUGAAGUAGAUGGCUUUUACCACUAAAAAUAAGAUGGGUAAACACUUGUUCUUAACAGGGGAAAUGUAUAGUUAUAAACUAGGAAAAAUGCAUCUCCAGUCAUUUAAGGUAGAAUAUAUUCAGCUUUACAUAUGAGAGACAUUAAUGAAUGCCAUUGUACUGCUGGCACAUAGUUAUGGUAACCUCACCCCUAUGCACAGCCAGAAAUAAAACAUGCAGUUACUUUUUCAUGUGCUAACACUGGAAACUUUACCAGGAGUGCAAAAAGUAUCUUUUCUGUCUACUGUCCUGUGAUGAUUAACUUUCUUUUUCCUUCUGUCUUCAGAUGGUUCUGAAUCCCAUGAGGGAGGGGAGAUGUCUUGAAGGAAAUAGCUUAACUGGUUCUUGCUAGCCUAUCAAAAAAACCCCAAACCAACCCAAGCUCUAUCUUUUUCAAUUUUAGAACAGUGCUGCACUCUUCUGACUACUCAGAGCUGGUGAACUGGCUUACCUAAUUCUGUAACUGUAUACUGAGAUGCUUUUGUGCCCUUGUUACAAUUAAUAUAUUUUUGGCAGCAAAUGAUGAUCAAAAGGAUUAGAGAGAUUGGAAGUCUGUCUCUACUUGGCUGAAAGUCUUUGAAGCUUCCCUUCAUUUUAAGGUGUUCUUCUGUCCUUGUACCUCAUUGCUACUGACUUACGUCUUGUGUUGCUUGUGUAUUUAAACAUCAGCAUGAAGUAUGUGCCAGAUUGGAUAUACUUAAAUGUGUAUUGAGAUUUCCUAGGCUGUCUUUUUUUUUAAAUCUAAAGAGUAAUGUACUUUUUAAGAGACAAAUAAAUAUAUUUGAGCAUCGUA